AGGGAGAGGGAGAGAGAGAGAGAGAGAGAGAGAGGAGGGGGGAGAGAGAAGAGGCACCGCCCCAUCGUCGCCCCCACUGCCAAAGCCCUUACUUUGCUUAUAAUUCAGCGGUUCGCGAGAAAACGCAGACACAUUGAGGCGUCUCUAAAAUUCUGGUCGCCAGGGGACACGAAAGCCUAAUUCUAGCCCGAUCUCCGACUGGGUUUAUACUAAUUUCAGGUUUUCGCCGCAUGUAUUGCUGUCGGUUGAGUCGUUUCUUGGUUCACUGGACGAUCUGGGGCUGCAAGGAGGGCGUGGGUUUGCAGAUCUCAUGUUUUAGGAGUUCGUAGUGGAGCAGGCCAUGGAAAACUUGUCAUCACAUGGGAAUCGUUUUCGGAGAAUACCAUGCCAGUCUUACACUGCUAACCUGAACUUAGACCCAUUGCUUGAUGAAAAUUUAGAGCAGUGGCCACAUCUGAAUGAACUUGUUCAGUGCUAUGGAACUGAUUGGGUCAAGGAUGAAAACAAAUAUGGCCGCUAUGAUAGUAUUGGUCCAAUUUCUUUUCAGAAUCAGAUAUUUGAGGGUCCUGAUACUGAUAUUGAAACAGAAAUGCAUCUUGCUAAUGUUAGGCAAAGUAAGACUGAGGAUGCUACUGAUGAUGAAAUCCCCAGUACCUCAGGGAGGCAGUUUAUGGAUACUACCUUGUUUGACUCAUCACUUUCUAAAGUUCCAAAGCAUCUGGGUGAAUCUCCUCUGCCUGCUUAUGAACCUGUUUUUGAUUGGGAAAAUGAGAGGUCAAUGAUAUUUGGGCAAAGGGUUCAAGAAAAUCAUUUGGCGCAAUGUAGCAGUGCCUUGAAGAUCUCUGUGAAAGUCUUAUCCUUAUCUUUCCAAGCAGGACUAGCAGAGCCAUUUUAUGGAACAAUUUGCUUAUACAAUAGGGAGAGAAGAGAAAAGUUAUCAGAGGAUUUCAUCUUCCGUAUGCUUCCAGCUGAGAUGCAGGAUGCUAGGAGUUCUUGUGAACCUCGUGGUAUUUUCUAUCUGGAUGCUGCAUCAGCAUCAGUUUGUCUUUUGAUCCAGUUAGAGAAGCCUGCCACUGAGGAAGGUGGAGUGACACCCUCUGUCUAUUCGCGCAAAGAGCCAGUUCACCUGACCGAGAGAGAAAAGCAGAAACUGCAAGUGUGGUCCCGCAUCAUGCCUUAUAGAGAGUCAUUUGCUUGGGCCAUUGUUCCAUUAUUUGAUAAUAGCAUUACUGCAGCUUCUGGUGGCUCAGCUUCUCCCAGCAGUCCUCUGGCUCCCAGCAUUUCUGGGUCAAGUUCCCAUGAUGGCGUUUCCAAAUCAAGUGCGAAGAUCGCUUUAGAUGGGAAGCCAGGUUACUCCAGUGGAAGCUCUGUCAUUGUUGAGAUUUCAAAUUUGAACAAAGUUAAGGAAGGUUAUACAGAGGACUCCCUCCAGGAUCCUAAACGCAAGGUUCAUAAGCCUGUGAAAGGUGUCUUGAGAUUGGAAAUUGAAAAGCUCCAAGCUAGUCCUGUUGACUUUGAAAAUGUUUCGGAAAGUGGUAGUGUAACCAAUGAUUCUGUUGACCCUGGAGACCGAUUAGCUGAUUCUCCAUCGACUAAAGGCCCAAUUAAUGGUUCUGAUGGGCCUCACACAGGUGAUUCCAAGUGGAAUUCCCUUGAUGGGAGGGACAUUCAGCGAAAUGGAUCAACUACUCAAGGCAACCCAGAUAUUAAUGCCGAAGAUUUCCAGGCUUUUGAUUUCCGGACGAUGACUAGAAAUGAGCCUUUCUUGCAGCUUUUUCAUUGCCUUUAUGUCUAUCCCUUGACUGUUAGUUUGAGUAGGAAAAGAAAUUUGUUUAUACGUGUUGAACUUAGAAAGGAUGAUGCAGAUGUUCGCAGGCAGCCUUUAGAGGCAAUGCAUCCGAGGGAACCAGGUGUUCUGCUCCAGAAAUGGGCUCAGACACAAGUUGCUAUUGGGGCGAGGGUGGCCUGCUACCAUGAUGAAAUUAAAGUCUCCCUCCCUACUACUUGGACACCAUUGCAUCACCUUUUAUUCACUUUCUAUCACAUUGACCUUCAAACAAAGCUGGAAGCGCCAAAGCCAGUACUAAUCGGAUAUGCAGCACUUCCAUUGUCAACACAUGCUCAGUUGAGAUCAGAAAUUUCUUUACGAAUAAUGAGAGAGCUGGUUCCGCAUUAUCUUCAAGAAACUGGCAGGGAGAGGCUGGAUUACUUGGAGGAUGGACAAAAUGCCUUUAGAUUAAGGUUGCGACUAUGUUCAUCAUUAUAUCCCCUCAGUGAGCGCAUUAGAGAUUUUUUUCUCGAGUAUGACCGACACACGCUUCGUACAAGCCCUCCUUGGGGCUCUGAACUUCUAGAGGCCAUCAAUAGUUUGAAGAAUGUUGAUUCCACUGCUCUGCUUCAGUUUCUUCAGCCAAUUUUGAAUAUGCUUCUCCAUCUUAUAGGAAAUGGUGGAGAAACCCUUCAGGUUGCAGCCUUCAGAGCCAUGGUUAACAUUUUAACAAGGGUGCAGCAGGAGUCAGUUGAUGAAGCUGAAAGGAACCGUUUUCUUGUGAAUUAUGUUGAUUAUGCUUUCGAUGAUUUUGGAGGUCGUCAACCACCAGUUUAUCCUGGUUUGUCCACUGUGUGGGGAAGCUUGGCACGGAGUAAGGCCAAAGGAUACCGAGUAGGUCCUGUAUAUGAUGAUGUAUUGGCAAUAGCUUGGUUUUUCCUUGAGUUGAUUGUUAAGUCAAUGGCUUUGGAGCAAACGCGACUGUUCUAUCACAACAUUCCUUUGGGUGAAGAUGUUCCACCAAUGCAGUUGAGAGAAGGUGUUUUCAGAUGUGUUAUGCAAUUAUAUGAUUGUCUUCUGACAGAAGUACAUGAGCGUUGCAAGAAAGGGUUAAGCUUGGCAAAACGUUUGAAUAGUAGUUUGGCCUUCUUCUGCUAUGAUCUGUUGUCUGUUGUUGAGCCUCGCCAAGUUUUUGAAUUGGUGUCAUUGUACUUGGAUAAAUUUUCUGGUGUAUGUCAACCAGUUUUGCAUGACUGCAAGCUUACAUUUCUCCAGAUCAUUUGUGAUCAUGAUCUAUAUGUAGAAAUGCCUGGACGGGAUCCUUCAGAUAGGAACUAUCUAUCGUCUGUAUUAAUACAAGAACUUUUCCUUACUUGGGAUCAUGAGGACUUGUCUCAGCGAGCAAAGGCUGCUAGAAUCCUCGUCUUUCUUCUGUGCAAGCAUGAGUUUGAUGCUCGAUACCAGAAGCCUGAAGAUAAAUUGUACAUAGCCCAGCUGUAUUUUCCACUUGUUGGCCAGAUUCUAGAUGAAAUGCCUGUCUUCUACAAUCUCAAUGCCAUUGAAAAGCGUGAAGUCUUGAUCGUUACUUUGCAAAUUGUACGCAAUCUGGAUGACACAUCACUUGUCAAGGCUUGGCAGCAAAGCAUUGCCCGAACCAGAUUGUUUUUCAAGCUCUUGGAGGAAUGCUUAACCUUAUUUGAGCACAGGAAACCAGCUGAUAGCAUGCUUGUGGGCGGUAGUUCACGCAGUCCAGUUGGGGAUGGACCUACAUCCCCAAAAUACUCUGAUAGGCUUUCUCCUGCAAUUAACCACUAUCUGACUGAGGCUUCACGGCAAGAAAUCAGACCUCCAGGAACCCCUGAGAAUGGCUACCUGUGGCAAAGAGUCAAUUCACAGCUCAGCUCCCCUAGCCAACCAUAUUCCUUGAGGGAAGCUCUUGCUCAGGCGCAGUCAUCUAGGAUUGGAGCUUCUACCCAAGCAUUAAGAGAGUCUUUGCAUCCAAUAUUGAGGCAAAAAUUGGAGCUUUGGGAAGAAAACUUGAGUGCUGCUGUCAGUCUUCAGGUUCUAGAAAUAACUGAGAAAUUUUCCACGACUGCAGCAUCUCAUAGCAUUGCUACUGAUUAUGGAAAACUUGAUUGCAUUACAUCCAUAUUUACAAGCUUUUUCUCUAGAAGUCAGCCAUUGGCUUUCUGGGAAGCUCUAUUUGCUGCUUUAAACAGUGUCUUCAGUCUUCAUGGUGCAAUGUUACUGGCAAGGGAAAAUGAUCGUUUCUUGAAACAAAUUGCUUUCCAUCUUCUGCGGCUUGCAGUUUUUAGAAAUGAUAAUAUUAGGAAAAGGGCAGUUAUUGGGCUACAGAUUCUCGUCCGGAGUUCUUUCUCUUACUUUAUGCAAACGGCAAGGUUAAGGGUUAUGCUGACUAUCACAUUGUCAGAGUUGUUGUCCGAUGUGCAAGUGACUCAGAUGAAAUCAGAUGGAGCACUUGAAGAAAGUGGUGAAGCACGGCGUCUACGGAAAUCUUUGGAGGAAAUGGCAGACGAAUCCAAGAGCCAUAACUUGUUAAGGGAGUGUGGACUUCCUGAAAGUGCACUCACUGCGAUUACAGAAAAGUCAUCAGAGAACCGAUGGUCAUGGUCAGAGGCAAAAUAUCUCUCUGAUAGUAUCCUCCUGGCUCUUGAUGCUAGCCUGGAACAUGCACUCUUGGCAACUGUAAUGAACGUUGAUAGAUAUGCAGCUGCAGAGAGCUUCUACAAACUUGCAAUGGCAUUUGCUCCUGUGCCAGAUCUUCAUAUAAUGUGGCUAUUGCAUCUAUGUGAUGCUCAUCAGGAGAUGCAAUCUUGGGCUGAAGCUGCACAGUGUGCCGUUGCUGUUGCUGGUGUUGUGAUGCAGGCCCUUGUAAGCAGAAAUGAUGGGGUCUGGAGCACAGAUCAUGUAACGGCUUUACAUAAAAUAUGCCCCAUGGUCAGCAGUGAGAUGAGUUCGGAAGCCUCAGCAGCUGAGGUAGAAGGAUAUGGUGCUUCAAAACUCACUAUUGACUCUGCAGUAAAAUACUUGCAGCUUGCAAAUAAGCUUUUCUCUCAAGCAGAACUUUACCAUUUUUGUGCAAGUAUUCUAGAACUUGUAAUUCCAGUCUAUAAGAGCAGGAGGGCAUAUGGACAGCUAGCUAAAUGCCACACGAUGCUAACCAAUAUCUAUGAGUCAAUCCUUGAACAGGAAUCAAGCCCAAUACCAUUCACCGAUGCCACAUAUUAUAGGGUAGGAUUCUAUGGUGAAAAUUUUGGAAAGCUAGAUAGAAAGGAAUAUGUAUAUCGAGAGCCUCGUGAUGUAAGGUUGGGGGACAUAAUGGAGAAACUUAGUCAUAUAUAUGAGUCAAGGAUGGAUGGAAAUCAUACCUUGCAUAUAAUUCCAGAUUCUAGACAAGUCAAAGCUGACGAAUUGCAGCCGGGGGUUUGCUACCUGCAAAUAACUGCUGUUGAUCCAGUCAUGGAAGAUGAAGACCUAGGAAGCAGAAGGGAGAGAAUUUUUUCCCUUUCCACUGGAAGCGUCCGUGCACGUGUAUUUGACCGCUUCUUAUUUGAUACUCCUUUUACCAAAAAUGGCAAGACCCAAGGUGGAUUGGAAGAUCAAUGGAAGCGGCGGACAGUUCUGCAGACGGAGGGCUCUUUCCCUGCGCUAGUGAAUCGGCUCCUGGUUACUAAAUCAGAGUCUCUUGAGUUCUCUCCCGUAGAGAAUGCAAUUGGAAUGAUUGAAACCCGGACAGCUGCGCUCCGAAGUGAGCUUGAGGAGCCUCGUAGCUCUGAAGGCGACCAACUCCCGCGUCUUCAAAGUCUACAGAGAAUACUUCAAGGCUCUGUUGCAGUUCAAGUCAACAGUGGAGUACUAAGUGUGUGCACGGCAUUCCUGUCGGGUGAGCCUGCGACAAGGCUACGGUCCCAGGAGCUGCAGCAACUCAUCGCUGCGCUCCUUGAAUUUAUGGCGGUCUGCAAGCGCGCUAUCAGGGUGCAUUUCAGGCUGAUCGGGGAGGAAGACCAGGAAUUCCACACACAGCUUGUCAAUGGGUUUCAGUCACUCACUGCAGAGUUAUCUCACUACAUCCCUGCUAUUCUCUCGGAGCUCUGACCAUUUAUUUCAUAACUUUGUUCUUGUGUUUCUGUCUGUAAUUUGUUCAUGUAUAUGAUUUUGCUUCUUUAUCUGUUCUCCUUUUUCCUUUGUUGUGGGGGAAAAGACAAGGGAUUUUUGUUGGUUGGGGGAGAAGUUGCACAAAAAAGGUGGCUUGCUUUCAUGUAUGUUAUCGAGUAUCUGUUCGGUAUUGUGUUUUCCCAUUAAUGCUAUGUGUUAGUUUCCUUAAAAA